CAUGUAUUAUAUAUGAUGUUGUACAUGAUUAUUAUUUAAUACAAAUGACAAAGACAUUAUCUUUAAUUCUUCAACCAUUCAGUAUUCUAUUCAUUAGUUUAGCUUUAAUAAUAAAUCAUUGGAAUUGUGGCGGAUUAUUUACAUCAUGUUUAAGAAAUUAUCAAACCACUUCAAUAUUAUUAAUAUUAUUCUUUUUCUUGGUAUAGUACUUUUAACUAUUGCAUUUAUACUUGAUUUAAUAACUAUCUGUUCUGAAUCACUUGAUUCAAAUGCUUCAUAUUCUACAAUUCGUUUCAUUAUAUUAAUAUGUGGUUUAAUGAAUAUACUUUUAGCUAUUCUUAUUUAUUCAUUACAAAUAGAUCGUCAAUUUUCUCGUUUAAUAUGUACAAUUGGUAUUGUAUUUGCAAUACAAGUUGCUUUACUUAAUUUAUUAUUCUCUUCUUGUAUUCAUAGAAAUCAUCAUUCUGAACCAAUAGUUCAUUGAAUGGAUGAAUAAUUCUAUGUAAGUUAUUCUGUUUGUAUGUUGAUAUUACAUUCCAUUAAUUCUUUGUUAAGUUUUAAAGCUUCAUGUUUAAACUUAUUGCUAACAUUGUUGUUGUUGUUGUGUUUUUUUUCAUAACAACUACCUGGUUCUAGUUUAUACUUUAUUCCCCACCCCAUCCCACCCCCAUUAAGCUAUGUAUUUAUAUAUUCUUUUAUAUUAUAAUGCUAGUAUUUUACUUACAAUAUAAAUACUGUUAUAUCUGACUUUUCAUUAUAUAAUCCAUUCUGUUUUAGUGAUCGACUGAUAUGAACGAUAUAAAAAAAACAACCCAUUAAAGAUCAAAACCUUUGCUAUUUGCUGUUGCACAGCUACUUUUCUCACUACUAGCUUAAAAUCUUCUUUAUGUGAUUUAGUGCGAAGUAGUUAACUAAUGAUAUACUUAAUCUCGACACAAUACUGUCGUUCAUGUUUAAAGCUUGUCAAAUAACAUGUGAAUUUCAAAAAGAAUCUGAAUACUACCAUUUAUUUGAAUUAACAUAGGUUUUUAACCAGAACUAUUUAUCUUUACUAACAGUUAGCUUGACAAAGCUUUAAAUCAUAAACUGGCCACUAUUAAAAAUCAGGAAGCAAUCGGUAGCUGUUCCGUCCUAGUAUGAGCCUCCUCACCAGUCCACGUCUGCGACCUCGCUAUAGAGAUUCAAACUCAGGACUUUCAGUCUGGUACACGAUCGCCUAACCCACAGAUUACUGAACCGACAUCCAUUUGUGUACAUAAUUAAUGUCAGUCCAUUUACAGUAUUGUGUUACCAUGAUACCCUAUUUUGAUAAUAAUCAAAUUGGUUAAAUUAAUCCACUAGACUAAUCUAAGCCACUCAUUGUAAUUUGGUAACCAAGUCCCGACACAUACAACUAACCUCCAGUCACAUUUUCAUUUUGUAGUUUAAUAAUGCUAUCCAAAAUGAGGUAGAUAAAGUGGUUUAUGUAGACGCAAUUUAGUCAAUGAGAGCCGCGUAAUUUAAAAGCUGGUCCACUCAGACAGAUUUCGAAUAAUAGAAACUUUUAUUUAUGGGCUAUGUAGUAUGCCUACGUUGUUUUAUUUGAGUGAAUACAUUCAUAUCAUCCGUAUACCAAGAACUUACCUUAUCCAAAUAAUUAGAUUCAUUCAUGCUCUUUUGUUUACAUUUGUCUUUAUGAUAUAAAUCUCUCUCCAUAAACAAAGUAUAUCAUAGAUGAUUUAAUACUGUCAUGAAACAUUAUGACAGCGUCUCAAAAAUGAAAAAUGUUUCUUACCGAAACGAAGGAUUCGAUAUAUGUGAUGUCCUCUUUUUGCUUCUUUCCCAUCUCUCUCAAAUCUUGUACUUAGUAGAAGAUAUUUCAUUCGCACCUAACUUUCAUCAGCUCAUCAUGGUUUAUAGGGUUAAACAAAAUAAGAAUACAACAAAUCGGUUCUGGGUAUUCACAAUGAAUCGAGUUUAUACAUAUGGCCAGUUACAUUCAGCGUACAAUCCGGAACAAAUAUGUACCACCCCAAGUUCUUAGAAAUGAGAUAUUAAUGUUGUUAUUGUGUAACCUUUUAAAACAAAAUCGGUUAACUGAGUACAGAUAAGAUAAUAAGUAAGGAUGAAUGAUUAGUAUCAAGAGAGGAGUGGUGUUAUAUCCUAGUAAAGACUAAGUUACGGGUAACUUUUGUGAACUAUUAAUGGACUAAUAUUAUCUAUAUAUUCUUAUGGUAUAACUAUUCAGUAAUUAGAUGAUAUAUAUCUAUAUUCCUCUUAUUAUGAGCUUCAUUUUCACUUAUAGACUAUUAUGAUACGAUAUACUAUUCUUAAAUUAUGUUCAGUUUCACAAUUACUGUCUCCCACGUUCACAGCCACUUUUUGGCUUGAUCUUGUACAAAUAUUAUUUCCUAUUUCAUGGUGUAAUGUGCUCUGUUUGUCUUGUAUAUAAACCAAGUUUUUGAAAUAAAUGAUUCGCAUAGUGAAAGCUGUUAUUGGUGUUCUGGACUCAACUGGCAGGGCUAGAAGGACAAAGGACCAAUAAGGACACUAGUUUGCUCAUACCGGUUGGAAGUCAUUGGUUUGGCACAUUACUAAGAUUGUAUAAGUCGUAUAUCGAUUAACGAAUAAAUCAUGCGAUAAUUAGCCGGGCUUGAUGUCAUAAGCUGCUUAAUCAACAUUUAUGAAAUUAACCGGAUGAAAAACAAAGGAAGUGAAUUAGUGGUAACAUCAGAAAGAGCGAAAAAGAGUCAGAAUUGAAAAAUGAAGUGAUCUCUAUUAAUUUGUCUAAAGCAGAUAUGAAAAGGAUGAAUAACAGCUGGAAAGGAUUGCCCAGGACAGGGUUGGAUGGAGAGUGCUGGUGGGCGGCCUAUGCUUCUCGACGAGGAGUAACAGGCGUAAGUAAUCUUUGUUGGAAGUGGAUAGGACAUACAUUGAAGAAAUCAUCAAACUGCAACACGAGGCAAACCCUAACUUGGAAUUCUGAAGGGAAAUGGAAAAGAUGUAGGCCAAAGAACACACUACGUCCGGAAAUAGAAGCAGAUAUGAAAAAGGAUGAACAAGAACUGGAAACAACUGGAAAGCAUUGCUCAGGACAGAGUUGGAUGGAGAGUGCUGGUGGGCUGCCUAUACUUCUCCAUGAUGGAAAACAGGCGUAAUUAAGUAAAUAUUCAUAUUCUUUAGUGUUUACUCUUUAAUAUUAACUCUAUUGUAACUGAAUUGAUUUCAUUACUAAUCAACUUGCUGAUACAAUAAUGUAAACUUUUGGUAAUACAGAUUUCUAUCAGUUUA